UCACGAAUCGCGAGCCUCGUAGCAACCACCAAAUCUUUCCAUAGCAACUUGUUCUCCUGCAACUGGUAGAAGUGCAGAAACGCAUUUAUUUUCGCCCUUCGAAGUUUUUUAUUCAACAAAUCAAAACACUUCUGUAAUUCCGAGUUGCGCAUUUGUGAAGUAAUUCAGCCUCAUUUCAAAAUGACGCUCUGUCUAAAUCGCCUUGCGGAGGAACGGUACGGUUUUGCACAGUUUAGAGAUUGAGGACAUGUACUAAUGGGAUUUAUAGCAAGCAGUGGCGAAAGGACCAUCCGUUUGGAUUCUCUGCAAAGCCUAUUCGCAACCCCGCUACGAACACUAUUGAUAUGAAAAUUUGGGACUGCGGCGUACCGGGCAAGGCCGGCACAUUAUGGGAGGGUGGUCUCUUUAAACUGAACGUUAUCUUCCCGGAUGGUAUGUACUUUUACACAUAGUAUUGCUGUGUAUUUGCGCUAAUAACAAUUUGCAGAAUACCCAACCAAACCUCCAAAGUGUAAGUAAUCCUGCUCUAUAUUCAGACUUCAGUCUAGAACUAACAAGCAAGCAGGCAAAUUCACACCACCUCUCUUUCACCCCAACGUGUACCCCUCUGGCACAGUUUGUCUCUCGAUCCUCAACGAAGAAGAAGGUUGGAAACCUGCCAUCACAAUCAAGCAGAUUCUCCUCGGCAUCCAAGAACUCCUCGAUACCCCAAAUCCUGAUUCUCCUGCCCAAGCCGACGCCUACAAUCUUUUCAAGAAGGACAAGACCGCCUACGAGCAUAAGAUCAAGCGCAUUGUAAAAGACAAUCCUGCUCCUUAAGGAAGCAAAGUGAUUGCAUUUGAGAUAGUAAGGGCGACGGUUUUAUUCGGCGGGCAGUAUCGGCGUUGAUUGGGCACAUAAUAUUUUAAAUCAUAAGCGGAUGAUAUCAAUGGGCGUACCAAGCAGAGGAAAGACUUUACUUUUGAUGCAGCCGUCUGGUGAAAGAAUUACUGAGUACCCUAGAUGAGUUACAAUACCCUAUUCCAUGGGACAUGUGAAGAAAAUGGGCCAAAAUGAUUUAUCUUUGCAAUUUACACAUU